AUGUCUAAUUCUUCUCCACCAUUUCGAAGAGAAGUCCUUGAUGUGGAAAGUGGAACUAAAUCUUCAGACGAAACGAAUGGUAUCUCUGCUUUACUCUCUGCAUACGCUGGCCGAGAAUCAGAGUUGCUGCAGGAGCUAAAAGAACGCAUAAACUGUAAUAGAAAAGUAAAAGAAGGAGAACAAGAGUGGAAUAGUUCUAAUUUAGCAGAUAAGGAUGAGUUAUUUAACUCUCAACAAACGGGUUUAGAUGAAACUUCACAAAAGCCAUUGAUGAUUGUGGAUGAUCAGUGCUCUUCUGAGGUAAAUACACCACUUUUAGUUUCUGAAAUGACACCAGCUUCCAUUAAACGAGAUGUUGAAAAUAGUAUAGGCUUUGCCUCUCCACUACAUCGUCUACGAUGGGAAGAAGCAUGGUUUGGUACUCUUCCUCUUUCAAGUUUUACACGAAAUUGGGGAGAUGAUGUCUUACAUUGUGGAAUGGGAUAUAAAUUAACACGUGUAGUUGGAUUUGUUCAGCGAUGGGCAAAGCGUUAUUUUGUAUUAGCCUGGUCUCUUCUAUAUGUCUUUGAUGGGAAUAAGAGAAUGGAUAGAUGUCGUGGGGCUGUUUACAUGUAUCGUGCGGAUGUACAGAAGACAGAAGUGAUGGGCUGCCCCGCUAUUGUGAUUACACCAGCCACACAGAAGAGACCCUCUGAGCUUGGAAAGGAGAAGUUUGUGAGUUUUAUCAUGACCGUAGAUGCAGACAAGAUGUUGGAUGUUUGGUUUACUGCACUACGUAAGAUUAGUCUUGUGGGAGUAUUAUCAGAUUCUAUUACUAUUGCUGCUGCUGCUGCUGGUGGUAAUGUUUCUUCUCCAGUCUCACUUUCUGAACAAGAGCCACAACCGCUAUUAUCGUUAAAUAGUGUAAAUACAGUUUUAGUAAAUCCGCAUAACCAGGAAAGUGUAACUGGUGUAGAUGUACAAAUACCCAACGUGGGACCUAUUACUAAAGAGAAUAAUGAACAAUUUGAGCAAGGUGAGGGAAUUCAGUUGUCAUCUUCUUCUUGGCAGCAACCACAACCACAACAACAACAACAACAGCAGCAGCAGCAGGAGGAGGAGGAAGAGGUAAAGGAAGAGGUAAACUCUAAGAAUGAAUUUACUUUAGAAAAAGAUAAACAAACUAUUAUCGAAGAUUAUCGUCAACACCUUCAAUAUAUAACAGUAAGUGCCUCUGAUGUGAAGGAACGUUUAACGCGUGUUGCGCAAAAAAAGGAAAAAAAGGAAUUGGGUGAAUUACUACUGAAAUUCAUUAUAUCACAUGUGGAUGAUGCUGCAGGACUAUGGUCUCUUAUGAAUCAAGUAGAAGAUCUAAACGAUAGACAAUCUCAAAACAACAGUGUCUUAGCAUCAACAUCCCAAUCUUCUUCUUCUACUUCUUCUUCUGAUAUUUCACGGUUAGUGCGGGAACAACAAUUAAUUUUAUCCAACGCACCAAAGAAGUCUCUCUCAGUGGAAUGCAGAGCCAAACACAAUACCCCUUUGGGCAUCACUACACCCACACCUAGUAAGAAGCAGCAUGUUUUUUCGCCAAAAGAAGAAGAAGAAGAAAGUAAACAAGAUACUAUGGAAAAACGUUAUGAUAAUAAUGAUUCUGUGGGAAAUAUUUCUGUGUUUGCUACUACUGCAGGUGUUGAGGGUGGUGAAGUUACUAUGGAAGACAACUUGGUAAGAGAACGACGAAUGCGACGAUUACGUGAACGACAGCAAGAUAUUGAAAGUAUCCUGAGUGAAUUGCCGAGUUUAUAA